AUGGUCGGCUUUUUCAAGUCUUCACGCGAGUCAUAUCUCUCUUUCGUGGACGCAGUGCAGAGUGUACUUUCGCCAGAUCUCUUCCGUCCGAACGCUCUAAACCAGCCUCAACGUUCCACUAGCUCACCUGAUGAAAAUCUCCUCCCUACAGCAGCGGAUAUCGUGGCGUUCAUUAAACAGUUCUAUGGUAUCGUAGCUCCACUGUUACAAGUGUUGUCAAGUGGCCAUCUCGUGCAAGCCUUCGUCGCCCUGUCACGUAUUGAGUUCGCUCGCGAAGUCUGUGCUUCCCCCACUGCCAAUACGUCCAUGCAGUCAGUGACUCAGCAAUUGGAGUUAAACCUGGAGCAAGCUACAAGUCCUCCUGACUCGAUAUUCGCGCCGAUCUUACGGUCUCUGGUAAUGCAAUCGACGACUUCGAACAGUGAUAUCAUUCCUCGUGAGAUGGAUAUUAUUACUGGGUGUCAAACAUUGGCAGUGGGUCUUGUGAUGCAACGCAAGCUCCGCAUUCUGCUGUUCCAGUGCGCGUCUCUGAUCGAUGAUGCGCUUGCAGUCAUCUUCUCUGGCCUCUACAACGCCUUCGACCCGGUAGACGCAUUCGCUCACCGGUUCCUCGGCGUGUGUCUGUCACAUCUCGGCCAGUUCACUCCGAUCUUCACAGUCUUUCCACACUAUCUGCAAGUUACACUCGCCGCGUUUCCAGCUAAUGCAUCGCCUCAGGAUCUCACCAAGGCAUGCGGUGCCAUUUUCGGUUCGCUUUUCUAUUCUGAAGCUCUCACGAUGCCAUCAGAACAGGCCAAUGAGGUCGUGGAGACAACUCGACGAAUGGUGUUGUGGGCGAUUCGGAGAUGCUGUGAACGCAGUACCGAGACGGAUGGACUGUAUCUUGCUGGACUGGUGUUUGAGCUCUUGAAGAUGGCGCCGUUGAGUGCUCUACGAGCUUGUGCGAUGGAAGUGGAGCAGCUGCUUUCGCGGUGGAGGAGCAGUCCUCGUGUGCUGCGCCAGCUCAAGAGCUCGUUGUUUGCCAGGAUUUCGCAGAACUGCGAGGCUGAAAAGCGCGCGUGGCUUGCCGCUUGGUACAUCGAAGUUGACGAGCAAUACCCAACCGAGAUCUCAGCGCAGACUUCUCGCCUGUAA